AUGCCUGCCCGUGUCGCUCGUUCGAGCGUAUCAAUCGACAAGCCGACAAACGCUCGUAAAAAGUCACAGAAGCGAACGUUAGACGCCUUUGCAAUCGCCUCGCAUUCCGCUCCCGAUACAUACAAAGUUCGCCAACACCGCUUGGGCGAUUCUGUCGGAGAGCCUCGCCAGAAGCGUAGAAGACUGCAAGACGACGAGGAAGACGACAAUGACGAAGAGCACUCCAGCAACGCUCGCCGACUACAACAAAAGACUGUGACCAAGAAGACUGGUACUGGAAGCAGAGGAGGACUGGAUGAAGAGACGGAUGAGGGCAGCGAUAGCGAAGGAAACGAGUGGCGUAUGGGUGGUCACAUCGCUGACGAGAGCGACAGUGACCUCGACAGUGACGACGCCUUUGGAGAGAGCGACGAGGAGCGUUUCGAAGGCUUCACAUUCAGAGGAAGCUCGUCCAGCGGCCCGUCGAAAAAGAAGAAGAAGGCGCAACCCACCUUGGAAAUGGAUCUCGACGAAGGCGGCGACAGCGACGAUGACGAAUCUGCCAGCGACUUUGGCGACGAGGGCGUCGAUCUAGCCACCAUGCUCGACGAGGACAACGAGGACGACCUCAUGCAAACAGAGGAGAAGCACCAAGAUGGCGAUUCGGAAGAAGACUCCGACGAUGAGGAAGAGGAGGAAGAUUCAGAGGAAGACGAGUCUGAGGACGACGACGAGGAAGAUGACGCUACCAAGUUGUCUAGGCUACAAGAUCUGGUCGCCUCGCUGAACAAGGACAAGCCCGAGAAGCGCAUCGGAGGACGCUCACAGGAUGCCCACGAGUCGCAAGAGCCUUCAGCAUACGGUCUGUCCGCCUCGCAGAAGCUCAAGAUUUCCGAUCUCCUGCCUACCGUCACCGAUCCCGCCCUUCGCAAGUCUCUCAAACUUCUCACCGCCGAAAAGACGACCAAGCGCUCAGGCAUUCCCGGAAAGCUCGAUGCUCCUCUACCGAAGAGACAGCAAGAUAAGCUGGACAGAGCAGCCGCUACACAAGAGACCAAGAAGACUUUGGACCGAUGGCGCGACACCGUCAUUCAGAACCGCAGAGCAGAGUUCCUCCAAUUCCCUCUCGCAGACCCCAACGCCAUCGAAGCCGUCGGCACUCAGAAGAUGCUCCCCAUUCAACAAGACAAGCCCGCAAACGAACUCGAAAGUGCCAUUCAAAACAUCCUCGAGGAGAGCGGCCUCAGCAACAAGCAAAAGCAAGGUGCAGGAGAAGACCAACUUCAACAAUUCGAGGAGUUGCAGAUGAACAAGAUUCCCAUAGAAGAAGUCAUGGCCAGACGUGCCGAGCUCCGCAAAGCCAGAGAAUUGCUCUUCAGAGAGGAAGUCAAGGCCAAGCGUGUCAAGAAGAUCAAGUCCAAGGCUUACCGUCGCGUGCAUCGCAAGGAGCGUGAACGCGCCGAGGCCGCUGAGCGCGAUUACCUUGUAGCCGAGGGCAUCGAGGAUGAGGACGAGAAGGACAAGAACGACAGAAGACGUGCCGAGGAGAGAAUGGGCACAAAGCACAAGGACAGCAAGUGGUCAAAGGCCAUGAAGAAGUCCAACCGUUCGGUCUGGGACGAGGAUGCCAGAGAAGGCUUGAUCGACAUGGCCAGACGGAAUGAGGAGCUCAGGAGGAGAAUUGAAGGCAAGGAUGUCUACGAUCGCGAGAGCGACGAUUCAGAUAUCAGUGUCAGCGACGAUGAGGACGAGGAGCUCGACGAUGACGAACUCGAGAAGGCUCGCCUCUCCAAGAAGAUCGACAGGCUUGGUGCAAUGGAUGGAGAGAAGUCGAAGAUUGGCAAUAUGGCUUUCAUGCUCCGAGCCGAAAAGUCACGCAGGGCUCAGAACGACGAGGACAUCGACCGCUUGCGCAGGGAGCUAGCCGACGAGAAUGGCGAGAGCGAAGAGGAAGCAGAGACCACUGUCGGCCGUGCCAUCUUCGGACCCAAGCCUACGAAAGGCAACGCCAACCCCUUCAAGACUACCCCUCGUGGUGAGCUUGAAGAGAACAAAGCUCUGGACAAGGAGGACCAUCAGGAAGAAGAAGCCGAGGCAGAGAUCAAGGUCGGUGGUCAAUCAGACACCAAGCCUGCACCUCAGUCAAGGAAGUCACGAUCGUUCCUUCAGAAUGCUCAGAAGGUUGUUGCCGAUGCCGACGAGCCCAAGGAAGUCGAGGAAAACGCAUGGUUGAUCGGUUCUUCCAAGAGCAAGAAGAAGAACAAGAAGGCAACCGAAGACGAGAUUCUCGACCUCUCAAAGCCUGCACCAGCACCUGCAGCAGUGAAACCCGCCGCUGCCGGAAAGAAGACACAGGCAAAGAAGCAAACGACAAAGCCUGCCGCCAACGAAACUUCAGCGCCCUCGACAGAAGGCUGGCAGACGGUCAAAUACGACAAUGACCAAGAAGAAGCCGACGCCGAAGAGGACAACAGAGUGAACCCCAUGCUCCCCUCCAAAGACAAGCAAGCUCUCUUCCACCAACGCGCCUUUGCCGGCGACGACGUAGCCGUCGACUUCGAAGCCGAAAAGACCGCUCAAGUCGAAGACGAAGGCGAUAAAGUCGAAUCCACCUUCCUCCCCGGCUGGGGCUCCUGGACCGGCACCGGCCUCUCAAAAGCAACAAGAAAGCAAAACAAACGUAUGGCUCAUAACCCUCUUCACAAAAAGGUCACAGAGGGUGUCAAAGCCGCAGAUCGUAAAGAUGCAAAGCUCAGAAACGUCAUCAUCUCGGAAGCUCAACAGCGAAAGGGAAAGAAGUACUUGGCUAGCACAUUACCUCAUGAGUUUGAGAAGAGGGAGCAGUAUGAGAGAAGUCUGCGUGUCCCUGUGGGUCCGGAGUGGACGACAAAGGAGACUUUCCAGCGCAACACUAGACCUAGAGUUGUUGUCAAGCAAGGUAUUAUUGCUCCUAUGGACAAGCCUUUGGUGUAA